AUGUCUGAUACUGUCCGUCGGAAUGGGCAGCUGUCGUCGUGUGAGCCUUGCCGCAAAUCAAAAUUGCGCUGUGAUCAUGGUCGACCUCAAUGUGCUCGCUGCGCCAGACGCCGGCUCACAGACCAAUGCUUCUAUCACCCUGCGCCAAUGGCUCGACGCCAGCGCAGCGAGUCGCGUGUAACCGUAGCUUUGGCUCCAGCCGAUGUUACCCAGCGGCCGCUCGAGGCCUUGGCAGAGGUAUCAAGCUUGACAGUAUUGUCCUCGAGUUCAUCCUCAUCCCUGCCGUCUUCUUCGGCCUCGUCCAUUCCUGCUGCGUUUGAUCUUGCUACUGGUUUGGUUACCAUGCAAACUUCCGGUUUGUCACCAACAGAAGCUGAUCAAACGACAUCCUCGCGUCAAUAUACGUCGCUAACUCGCACUGGAGUUUCUCAUCUGCAGCAACCAUUCCACACGAAUUCUUCCCUCAUAAGGGAGGGCGAGAACUUACUGCAACUGCUGCUUGACCACUAUUCCCAUCCAGAUCUCGAAGAAUUGGUCCACAACUGGUAUACAGAUCUUGGAGACAGUCCAGUUGGUGGUCCUCUAGCCAAGGCGGCUUGGCGCGCCGUCCAGAGCAAUUUGCAGAGCCUUCAUUCUAGUCGACUACUGAAUCGCCUUCAGGCAACUUCUCGGGACAUCUUUGACCACACUUCUCGGCCACUUAACAUGCCCACGACGGCCGCAGACGGUGCUCUUGAAAAGGAGCUUUGUGCUAUCCGAUGGGAAACUGUUGGCAUGUAUUUCGCGCUCAUCGGGAUGGUUCUUGCAUCGGCCAAAAAUCUCAGCACCAGCUUCUCGGGUCGCCAGCGGUUUAGCGACCGUAAGGCAACGUCCAGCGAUGCUUUUGAUGCAUGUUUACGAUGCGAGGCUCUGUGCAACCGCGUUGGCCAAAUGAACGACCUAUCCGUGUGGCUUGCGGUCCUGGCCACGACACUCUCCACUUGGUGUUUUGGUGAUGACUCUUGUCAGGCCUGGCGUCUAAUGGGAAAUUUAUCUUCCGCCAUAUUCGCCCUCAAUUAUCACAAAGGCUUUCAAGAUGACAUGAAUGUCCCAACAUACUUGGUCGAGCUUCGAAAACGAGCCAUUGCCCUAUCAUAUGAGCUAGAUAAGUCCCUGGCGACGUUUGUCGGUCGACCACCACGUUUGAAUAGGAACUACUGUACCAUAGAGUUGCCCCUUGACCUCUCGGACUCGGCCAUUGUCGGAUCUGCCGAGCUGUUAGAGCUACAGAUAUCGCGACUAGACGGUAAUGGUUGGAAUAAAGACAUGACUGUACAUCCAGCGUCUCGCCAACGAGCGAUCGUUUGGCUAAGUUCGAUCCGUGAAGAAGUCCUUGAAUUGUCAUUGGGAACCAUAACUCAAGACCUCGUUCAUGAAGCCCAUGAACCAAAGCAGUGGCUAUCGUCAUGCAUUGAUUCAAAUCUCUCACGAGACCCUAGGAUAGUAUUUUACGCGAUGCCAUGCGCGAGCGUUUUGAUUCUGGAAUUGUUUCGACUAGCUAGCCUGCCAAAACCACAGCCAUCCGCCGCGUCGAACAGGUCGACCAUUAUUCAGGACAUUAGCGUUCUCAUAUCGUGCUGCGACUGGCUAACUGAGUCAGGAAAAGGGAAUUAUGAGCUCUGCAAACAGGCUCAGUUGAUCUUCUCAAAAGCUCUAGACCAGAUCCUCAAUCAUGAGAUGCCUUUAGCACGUUCGCCACCGGACAGUCCAACCGUGGAUAUGUACGAUGCGCUAUCGGCAGAGCCUCCUGAGGCCCAGAACUUGGAAACUACUACUCAAGAUUUGCAGUGGGCAGCAUGGCUGGAUACUGUCGACUUCCAAGGAGAACCAUGGCUAGAGAUGCUGAAACCUCCUACAAACUUUUUCGGAGACCUUGACGAUUACUACUACUGA